CGCGUCACGUUACGUGCUGACGUAGUCGAGUAGUUGACAGUUCCGAUGUCAUCUGUACGCGAGGAGGCCUGCAUCUAACGAAGGCGUUAGAUCUUAGAUCUAGGCAGUAUGGGGAAGACCACGAGGGUAGUCGUUUGCGGGAUGAAAGGAGUCGGGAAGACAGCUUUAUUGGAGCAGCUCAUAUACGGAAAUAUCGACGCCAAGACGGAAAUUCAUCCUACAAUCGAAGACGUUUACGUCGCCAACAUUGAGACUGAUCGGGGCACAAAGGAGAAGGUUCGAUUCUACGAUACAGCUGGACUUGAAUCUCUACAGAGUAAUGUAAACAAUCAGCAGCUUCCACGACACUAUCUCGGUUUCGCUGACGGCUAUGUCUUAGUUUACGAUACUGGUAAGCCUGAAUCUCUCGAUGUUUUAUUUCCUCUGAAAAAGGAUAUUGACAAGAAUAAGGAUAAGAAGGAAAUUAUUGUGAUUGUGAUCGGUAAUCGAACGAAAACCGAUGCGGUAUUGAAUAAUUUGGAGAAUACUGCGAGCAAAGCGACUAACUGGUGCGCUAGAGAGAAAGUUAAACAUUAUGAAGUGAAUGUCAUGGAUAGGUCUAGCUUAUUCGAGGCGUUUGUGCAUCUGUCGUCCAAGUUGAAUCCUCCUGCCAAUAAAAGUACAUUUCCGCAAUUAAGUAUGGGUAGGAAAACUGUCAAGGCGGAAGCACAGUGAUGCUUGUUUAAGGGUGCGAUGGAAUUAUAUGAGCACAAGAGGAUUGCGAUAUGAAAGUCGCUCAUGUGAAUGUUGUACUCAGGUUUAAUUUAUUUCGUAAUGAUUAAAUGUCACGAUACAGACAUACUUUGAGAUCUCAAUAACAAUAUAUAUCUAUGGCACAGUAUGUACUUUUCUGUUGGACAUAUUUGUGAUAUUAGGCUUGAAAGAGCAAAUGGACUUGUAAUCAUGAAUGUAAUCAUGGAUUAUGUACUUAAGUUAUCAAUAACUUUACCGGUGUAAAGAUCCUUAAUAUUUAUUCACAAAAAAAAAGAAAUGCAAAAGAAAGAUUAUCUAAAUACAAAUUCUUUUUGCUUUGUUGGCGCAUUAUAUUGUCAUUUUUUGAAAGAGUUAUUUUAUCCUUGUUUAGUCAUUAAUAUACAUAUAUAUAUAUAUAUAUUCUAGAAAAUUGAAUCUCUUUUAAGAACUCGCGUA